AUGACUAGCGAACGAAACAGGCUGUGGAUUGAUGGAUGUUUCGAUUUCACACAUCAUGGCCAUUCCGGAGCUAUCUUGCAGGCUAGAAGAUUAAUCCCAGCAGACACAAGCUGUGGAACUUUAUUAUGCGGAGUUCAUAAUGACGACGAAAUCUACUUCAAUAAAGGUGGUAGACCAGUCAUGAACGAGAAUGAAAGGUAUGAGCAUACUCUUAGUAAUCGCUGGUGCGGGGAGCUCAUCAAGAACGCACCGUAUGUCACACAGCCAGACGUGUUGGAUGCGCACCAUUGCAGAUACGUGGUUCACGGUGAUGAUAUAACAACCGACGCCAACGGCGAGGACUGCUAUCAACAAAUGAAAGAUAUGGGACGAUUCCUAGUGGUGAAGAGAACUGAGGGUGUGAGCACUACGGAUAUUAUCCACCGAAUUUUGACGGGGCAAACAAUGGACAAAGACUCUAGAAUAUGCCAAGAUAAUGAGGAUGUGAUGGCAAGGUUUGCAACAGGGUCUGAUGGCCAUUCGCCAUGGUGUCAUGUAUUUGCAAAACAGGUCUCAAAAGAGACCGCAGUGGUUUGUGGCGGAUAUGACUUGGAUCUGGAAAACAUGAUUUACGUCGAGGGAGAUUUUGAUUUAUUUCACAUCGGACACAUAGAGCAAUUGGCACUGCUGAAAGAGAUGCAUGGACCUGAAUCGCGUUUAAUUGUGGGAAUUUCAACUACAGGAGACUGUUUUAUGACCCAAUUAGAACGGGUACUGAGCGUACUGAGCUGUAAGUAUGUGGAUGCGGUGGUUGUCGAGCCAGAGAGCAAGCCCGCAGUGAAAGAAGUGUGGACACUGGACGACCCAAGAUUGAAGAACGGACAGUUUGGUUACCUCGAUAAAUCUGUGAUAGUGAACAGGAUUCAGGCAGAAAGAUCCCACUACGUUGCUCGCAACAUCAAAAAGGGCAUGAGCGGCUACACCUAA